AUGUAUUCUCAGCUCCCAUUCGACGAAAUCAAGGUUGACGAGUCUCAGAAGAAGCGUGUGGCCUACUUUUAUGAUGCAGACGUGGGAAACUACGCCUAUGGUGCUGGGCACCCCAUGAAACCUCAUAGAAUAAGAAUGGCUCACUCGUUGAUUAUGAACUAUGGAUUGUAUAAAAAGAUGGAAAUUUACCGGGCAAAACCAGCAACCAAGCAGGAAAUGUGCCAGUUCCACACCGAUGAGUAUAUUGAUUUCUUGAGCAGAGUGACACCUGACAACCUUGAUAUGUUUGCAAAAGAGCAAAUCAAGUUCAAUGUUGGAGAUGACUGUCCAGUGUUUGAUGGAUUAUUUGAGUAUUGUGGGAUUAGUGGAGGCGGACUGAUGGAAGGAGCAGCACGGUUGAACCGAGGAAAGUGUGAUAUUGCCAUCAAUUAUGCUGGUGGUUUACACCAUGCCAAAAAGCUGGAGGCAUCUGGUUUCUGUUACCUCAACGAUAUCGUUCUUGGUAUCAUAGAAUUGCUUAGGUACCAUCCCCGGGUUUUGUAUAUCGAUAUCGAUGUGCACCAUGGAGAUGGAGUGGAAGAAGCGUUUUAUACUACCGAUAGAGUGAUGACGGCAUCUUUUCACAAGUAUGGAGAAUUCUUCCCUGGUACUGGAGAACUUCGCGAUGUUGGUAUUGGAAAGGGAAAGUACCAUGCUAUCAAUGUUCCAUUGCGUGAUGGAAUCGACGACCUGUCUUACAAGUCGAUUUUCGAACCGGUUAUCCAAAAAAUCAUGGAGUGGUACCAACCUUCAUGCGUGGUUUUGCAAUGUGGAGGUGACUCUUUGAGUGGUGAUAGACUUGGAUGCUUCAAUCUUUCAAUGGCAGGGCACGCCAACUGUAUCAACUUUGUCAAGUCGUUUAACAUCCCCAUGAUGGUGGUUGGUGGAGGAGGCUAUACCAUGCGUAAUGUUGCCAGAACAUGGGCAUUCGAAGCAGGAUUAUUGAAUAACGUGGUUCUUCCACUGGAGCUUCCUUAUAACGAGUACUACGAGUACUACGGUCCAGACUACAAGUUGGAUGUCCGUCCAUCCAAUAUGUACAACGCCAACUCUCCCGAAUUCUUGAACAAAAUUCUCACCUAUAUCAUCUCCAACUUUGACAACACCAAACAUGCCCCAUCUGUCCAAAUGAAUUACACCCCGCAUGACCCAGAAGACUUGGGCGAUGUGGAUGAGGAUACACCCGAGGCCUACGACACUAAAGGAGGAUCGCAACAAGCACGAGAUGAAAUGGUUGUUGCGCCUGGAGAACAUUACGAUGACCGAGAACCUGUGCGUAAUAUAGAUGAGGUCACACAAACGAACGGGGAAAAAGCUGACCAAAACGGAAAUCCAAAUGGUAGCAACGGCAGUCAAAACGGUAACAGUAACCAUGGAAACCAAAACGAAACCGGCAACCAAGAAACCGAUAAAUUAUCUCUCACCGACGAAGAAAUGAAAGCGAUUGAAGAACUCAACCAGGAGGCCGAUAAAAAGGAAGAUUAG